AUGAUAUCCAACACUUGCCAAGUUUCCUUCAAGGCGCUUCACCCCACUGUUGGGGCAGAGUGCCAUGGAAUCGAUUUUUCUAGGCCUUUACCCGAAGAAGAGAUCCAGAUCAUCCGGGAUGGCAUGGCCAAGUACGGUGUCCUCGUGUUCCGUGGAGCCCAGCUUGACGACGAACGCCACGUCGCAUUCGCCCGCCAACUUGGCGAACUCGACUCAUCAACUGUCUUCAUCGCUCCAGGCAAGAAAUACCGACUCGACCCCUUCACCGAGCUCACAGAUGUAUCCAACAUCGAGGACGACGGCUCCAUCCUUCAGAAAGACAGUUUGAAAUAUCAACUUGGCCAAGGAAACAAUCUUUUCCACGUUGAUUGCUCCUACAACAACCGCCGAGUGGGACUCUCCAUUCUCCGCGCUCACCAACUGCCCCCUAAGGGCACUGGCGGUGGUACCGCGUUUGCCGAUACCAGGACUGCAUAUGAUGACUUGGAUGAGGAGACGAAAGAGAAGAUUAAGGAUUAUGUUCUUUGGCAUUCUAUCUGGCAUAGCCGUCGUCUCGCUGCGCCGGACUGCGAUUUCCUCAAGUAUAUGCCCGCGGAGAAGAACUCCAUGGCACGCCACAAGCUUGUGCAGCUGCACGAGCCUAGUGGGAGAAUGAACUUGUACAUUGCUGCUCAUGGACACCACUUUGACGGGUGGACGAAGGAAGAUAGCCAGCCUAUCAUCAAGGCUUUGCUUGACCAUGCCACCCAGGAUAAGUACACCUUCACAAUUGAUUGGGAGAAUGAUGGCGAUAUUGUGAUUUGGGACAACACCUGCGUCAUGCACAAAGCGGCUGGAGGCUCGUUCGCAGGCAAAUAUGUCCGUGAUAUGAGACGCGCAACCCUUCUCGACUCGUCAUCCACUGCCUGGGGCUUGAACCCACAGAAGGAGGAAUCGAAAGAGGAUCUCAUGUCGGACUUUAUCAAGGGAUACAUUUCUGCGAAGAAGGCUGCGGCAAUUGCCGCUGCGACUGGCGCAGCUGCUCAGAAGCCAAUCUCUGAGAACGAGGCUAUUACUGCUUAG